AUGUUCUCCAAGUCAGUCAUCCGCUCCUCUCGCGUCCUCGCUCGUGGCUUCGCCUCGACCGCUCGGGCUGAGCGCAAUGUGGCCGUUCUCGGCGCAGCUGGCGGUAUCGGUCAGCCGAUGUCUCUUCUGCUCAAGACCGACCCGCUCGUCACCAAGCUGUCGCUGUACGAUGUCCGAGGUGCCCCCGGUGUCGCCGCGGACAUUAGCCACGUUAACACUCACUCGGAAGUGAAGGGCUUCGAGAAGGAUGACAUCGGAGCGGCCCUGAAGGGCGCCGAGAUCGUUGUUAUCCCUGCCGGUGUCCCCCGCAAGCCCGGAAUGACCCGUGACGACCUUUUCAACACCAAUGCAUCCAUCGUCAAGUCCCUUGCCGAGGCCUGCGCCGAGCACUGCCCCAAGGCCCACAUCCUGAUUAUCUCCAACCCCGUCAACUCGACCGUUCCCAUUUUCGCCGAGGUGUACAAGCAGAAGGGCGUGUUUGACGAGAAGCGCAUCUUCGGUGUCACCACCCUCGACGUCGUCCGUGCCUCCCGCUUCCUCGGGGAGAUCAAGUCCAAGGACCCCAAGGAUGUCAAGGUCACCGUCGUCGGAGGCCACUCUGGUGUCACGAUCAUCCCCCUCCUCAGCCAGGUCGAGGCCGGCAAGGACGUGUCAGGCCAGCAGUACAAGGACCUCGUCAAGAGGAUCCAGUUUGGCGGUGAUGAGGUCGUCCAGGCCAAGGCCGGGACUGGGUCCGCCACCCUUUCGAUGGGUUUCGCCGGCGCGCGCUUCACCAAUUCCCUUAUCCGGGCCAUGAACGGCGAGUCCAACGUCGUUGAGCCCACCUUUGUCCUCUCCCCCUUGUACAAGGACCAGGGCGUUUCGUACUUUGCGUCCAACGUCGAGCUCGGUCCCGAGGGUGUCAAGAAGAUCCACCCCGUUGGAUCUCUCUCGGCCGAGGAGGAGGAGCUCAUGAAGGCUUGCCUGCCCGAGUUGAAGAAGAACAUCGAGAAGGGAGAGCAGUUCGUCAAGGCCUAG